AUGGCGACCCUCGCUGAUGUCGGAUGGAAACUCCUGGAAUUUAAAGCUCGAUCAAAGAGAUCAGUUAACUAUUCCUCUCUCUUUUUUCAUCCAGUCAAAGCAACCAUCCUGAACUACCAGAGUCCCACUACUGGUCUUUUCCCUGUAAAGACUUUCUCCGACAUCAAGGAGGCAAAGGUCCGAGACUCGCUGUAUUGUGCUGCCUGCGCCUGGGCCCUGGCGAUGGCAUACCGACGCAUUGAUGAUGAUAUGGGACGCACACACGAGUUGGAGCAUUCUGCCAUCAAGUGCAUGAGAGGGAUCCUCUACUGUUACAUGAGGCAGGCGGAUAAGGUGGAGGAGUUUAAAAAGGACCCCAGUCCCUCCAAGUGUCUUCACUCUGUGUUCAAUGUGGACACCGGGGACGAGAUUAUCUCCUACAACGACUAUCACCACCUGCAGAUCGAUGCGGUUUCUCUGUUCCUGCUCUACCUGGUGGAGAUGAUCUGCUCCGGUCUUCAGAUCAUUUACAACACCGACGAGGUUUCCUUUAUCCAGAAUCUGGUGUUCUGUGUAGAGAGAGCCUACAGGGUGCCGGACUACGGCAUGUGGGAGCGAGGCAGCAAAUACAAUAACGGCAGCACCGAGCUGCAUUCAAGCUCGGUGGGCCUCGCUAAAGCUGCCCUGGAGGCCAUCAAUGGCUUCAACCUGUUUGGAAACCAGGGCUGCUCAUGGUCUGUGAUAUUUGUGGAUCUGGACGCCCACAACAGGAACAGACAAACGCUGUCCUCUCUGCUGCCCAGAGAGUCUCGCUCACAUAACACAGACGCUGCCUUGCUUCCCACCAUCAGUUACCCUGCUUUUGCCGUCGACGACGACGCCCUCUACAGCCAAACGCUGGACAAGAUCGUCCGGAAACUCCGCGGCAAAUAUGGCUUCAAGCGUUUCCUUCGUGAUGGCUACCGCACGGCUAAUGAGGACAAGAACCGCCGCUACUACAAACCGGCGGAAAUGAAGCUCUUUGAUGGAAUUGAAUGCGAGUUUCCCAUGUUUUUCAUCUACAUGAUGAUUGACGGUUACAUUUCCCCCUCAUCUCUCUUUGCAGGACACGCCGUCAUCCCUAAAUACUACUAUGUACCGGCUGACUUUGUGGAGGCGGAGCAGAACAAACAUGGCAGCCAGAAGCGUUUCCCUAGCAACUCUGGUCGGGAUGGGAAGAUGUUUCUGUGGGGUCAGGCCCUGUAUAACAUAGCUAAGCUGCUGGUGGACGAGCUGAUCAGCCCUAAAGACAUCGACCCGAUCCACCGAUACGUCCCGCGGCAGGAUCAGCGCAACGUCAGCAUGCGCUACUCCAACCAGGGUCCCAUAGACAAUGACGCUGUGAUUCAUGUAGCCCUGGUAGCGGAGAGCCAGAGGCUUCAGGUGUUUUUGAACACAUAUGGAAUUCAGACCCAAACACCUCAGCAAGUUGAGCCAAUCCAGAUUUGGCCCCAGAAGGAACUUGUCAAGGUAAACUAUGAUUAA